AGCCCGUAAGAAUCGAAUCUAUGCGCACGCCCGAACCGUCUCCACAUCUAAACAAUAAAGAUGGCGGCGUCCUGUAGGAAGCUUCUGAGGUCGGUGCUGCUAAAAGGUUUUUGUCAGAUCCCAGGUAAAUCCCUAUGGACAAAGUGGCGCCCUGUAAAACCUUUGCAGUCUGUUCCUCCCUGGUGUCUCAUCCCACUCUACCGGCCAUUAACCACCACCAGACCCAUAUUAACAGCCACCAACACUGAACAGCCCAGGAACAACCAUCAGCAGAAAACAAUGGACAUGCUGAAAGAUCCAAAGAAAUUCACAGAGGAGGAAGAUUAUGCGGGACCAGAGUACAUUCCCUCAAAAAAGGCUAAGAACCCCAUGAUGAAGGUUGGAUAUGCCUGGAUGAUAGGUCUCCCCACAGGUAUAAUCGGGUUCAUCCUGGCGAAGAGAGAGGUGGAUAAGAACCGCCUGAAGCAGCUGAGGAUUCGCCAGCGAAUGAAGAACGCCAAUGAAGGAGAGUAUGAGGGCAGCCGCUACCGCAACAACUGACCUGACUGAUACCUGCAAUGCCUUCGCUACACUGGAUUGGUUGAAACAGAGAUGUACUGAUGUGGACAUUGCAAAUUGUAAACCGUUGUUUUGCGAGACACCCAUACAAAAUUCAGUUUUCAAUCCAUCAAGAGGCAUUUGAAUGUACUUAAAGCCCAUGUUGAACAGUCAGUCCUGGGCAGUGUACAGUCAGGGGUUUUCCUGAUCCAGGAUGAACUUUGAAAUAUGGCUUUUCAAAUGUCUUUCAUCUUGCUAUCCUACAUGGAUUUAUUUCUGUAAAAUCUAAAAGAUAAUGGAGUCUGAACUGUUCACCUGGUACGUUGAUCCAACCACACAUGAAAUUUCAAAAUGUUUAUUGGAUAUAGGAGUCAAUACAGACGUUUCAAUCAAAAAAAAUAAACUAAUAUACUUUGGCAAACUGUCCUCCAAGCUAGCAGCGACUUAUCUUCAUGGAAUGUGUUGAUUGUAAACGUCCCUGUCUGGAUUGUGACGGUUUCAAAGGCUCUUAGUUUAAACUGUCUGCCCAUUUGUUUUUUUCCACCCAUUGUUCUUAUGACUCAUCAGAUCAGCUGAGAUUGUAUGGUAUAAAAUAUCUGAUUAAUGGCAAGACUAACCACUUGAGACUAUGAAAGAAUUAGGUUGCCUGUGUGAACACAGACUCUAAGAUUUAUAUGUAGACCAAGGCUGUUCGAAAUACUAGGUUGUUACACUUCAUGGGUCUAGAUAAGCUGUGGGAUAGCAUUGCAAAUAAAUCCAAUAAAAAUAUA